AAUAUGUAAAUAAGUUUCUUUUUUGCAUAAUUUUAGCUGUUAUCUAUUUUUAUAUUAGAUAAGGGUCUACUGUAGAGCCAAUACUUUAGAGUGUCUGUAAACUAGAGCUUGAAAUAAAAAUGAAUUUCGCCGGAAAAGUCGUAAUUGUUACUGGCGCUAGUUCAGGAAUCGGUGCUGCAACCGCUGUGUUCUUAUCAAAACUGGGCGCCAAGUUAUCAUUGACUGGGCGAAAUGUAGACAACUUGCAAAAGGUCAAUAAGGACUGUGAAAAAUCAACAGCCACUUUUGUCGUUCAGGCUGAUUUAACUAAAGAGAAUGAUAUUGAAAAAAUAGUUAAAAAUACAGUCGAUCAUUACGGGCAGAUCGAUGUUUUGAUCAACAAUGCCGGCAUUAUCGAGACGGGAACUAUCGAGAACACGACUUUAGCUCAAUAUGACCGUCUGAUGAACACAAACGUGCGUUCAAUUUACUAUUUAACAAUGUUAGCUGUUCCACAUUUACUUAAAACUAAGGGCAAUAUUGUAAAUGUGUCCAGCGUGAAUGGAAUUCGAUCAUUUCCUGGAGUCUUAGCUUAUAAUAUAUCCAAAGCUUCAGUUGACCAGUUUACGAGGUGUGUGGCAUUAGAACUAGCCGCUAAAGGGGUAAGAGUAAAUUGCGUCAAUCCUGGAGUGAUUUUGACUGAGCUUCAAAAACGAGGAGGUCUCAGUGAUGAGCAAUAUGCAGCAUUUUUAGAGAGGACGAAAGAAACCCAUGCUUUAGGCAGGCCUGGGAAACCUGAUGAGGUGGCUGCAACCAUUGCAUUUUUGGCUAGUGACUUAGCCAGCAAUAUAACUGGUGCAAGUCUACCCGUUGAUGGUGGUCGCCAUGCAAUGUGUCCUCGUUAAAAACCGUUAUGUUGAGUACUUUAUCUAUAAGUACAAUGUGGGAUAAAUGAAUAUGAAAUUCUACGGAAUUAAACCAUGUGCCUUAAUUAUUUUUUUAUUAUAACACUUUAGAUUUAUAUUUUAUAGCAAGUUUUUUGCAUUUUUGUUUUUGUUUUGCAUUUAAUAAAGUUUUCAAAGUUUAAAG